AUGUCUGACGCCGCUCGACUCGACCGCCUUGAAGCUCUCAUCAUGAAGAUGGUAGCCCCUAAUCGACCUGCAGAUGAACCUGCUCCCGAUACAUCAACAUCGAGCCGCCUUCAUGUCAUCCCUGAGCCAAACCGACGACCGAAAGCUCCAGCCCAGCCCGUGUAUAGCGAAGACGAGGCCGAAGAGGACUCAUGGGAUGGAGAGCAAGACGACCCCGAAGACCCAGAAGCUACCCCUCCCCCUCUGCCCAGACACAAACCAACCCGAGGUGAAUCAUCUGGAUAUGCACCUAGGUCGACUCAGGCCCGUAAUACUCGUGAUUCACCAGACGUCGGCCCAUCCAACCUUGCUCGACGAGCUCAUGCACUGGUACAAGCCAACAAGACUACGCCCUUCAUUCGCGCAGAGGGUAUAAGGUCUGCAGGUGCUGGUAACUUCAAGCAACGAGGCCAUGGUGGGGGCUACGCCUUUGGAGGUCAUCCUCUGCAGCAGACCUCUCGUCCUCCCAAGAAACCUGGCAAGGACGUCAAGGCUUGCAAAACCGGAAUGGUGGUCUAUAUCCCAGACGGUUCUUUUGUCAGAGACAAGUUGACCCUUGUUUCUAUCUUCAAGAGCAAAUGGGCCGGUACCAAGGAGUACCUGUCUACAGCUGGCUAUAUGCAACCUCUCCAUUUCAAGGCCCACAUGAGCGCGAAAGACAUGGUUGAACACGUUGAAACGAUCUUCAAAUCAAGCCGACCUUUACCCCGCCUCUGGUCUUGGGCCUUCCUUCAACCGGCUUCACAGAGUCUCAACCCUGCCGCUGUGUAUUCACCUUGGGAUACGACCCUCGACAAUCUCCGUGCGCGUUGCCUCGACACGCAGUUCAUCUGCAUCAUUCCGGAGACUUGGGAGACCCAGCACCACUCAGGCUUUCGGCGUGCUGUUGCUCAAGCAAUCAGCCGUGAUCCUGUGUCUUGGCAACCUCUACCCAAGACCCCCAUGGGCCCUCCCUUGAGCCAGGCAAAGAAGGGAAAGAGAAGGGCCGUACGCGAGACGUCAUCCGAAUUAGACCGGGAGGAACAGCGAUACCGCGAUGCAGAAGCGUUAGAGAUCGCUAUGGCAGAUCCGACAUGCCCAGGUUGUGGCAGAUCAUACCCUACGGACCGGCUAGAGUGGCAUGUCACCAGCUGUGCCAAGGCUAUUGCCCUGAACCAGGUGGAGAGCUCAGAAUCGGAGCCAGAAGGGGUCGUAGAUCUAGACGCCGUUCAGCGUGAAAACACGCUCGACACAGACCCAGGCGAUCGGGAUGUCAUCACGAUCGACGAUUACGAAAACCUGGGCAAGAUCACUGAAGACUUCCAGGCCGUGAGUGAUGUGGGGGGAACGCCUGAACCGCAAGGCCCAAGCAUAUCGGAUCUGCUGAAGACAAAGCUGACACCGGAACAGUUUCGGGCCAUAUGCGUUCAAUUUAUCGAAGACCAUGGCCGAGAAAACUUCAAUAUGCAUGUGAUGGUGGCCAAAGGUGUACCUUCGGAUCAACCUGCCAUACCAUCAACGCAAGCUGCUCAGGAAGAGGUUGUAGUCGACUGGGAGUUAGGCACACAUCUCAACGGCGUAGAACAAGACGGAGAGUCUAGGCUAUCUGAGCCAGGCGUAGUUGAAGAGCCAGCACUUAUGCCUGGGGUCGAAGUUGCGGUUGGCAACAAGAGGGCAAGGUCUAAGUCUUCUCCAGAGAAAAGCGGCAUUGCUCAUGCACGUCGCAGACUCCGAAGCCACAACGAAGCCUCAUCUAGCAAUGCGUAG